GCCGGAUCGUUAUCACACGACCGCCCCGCCGGUCCUCUCCGCCGCCCGGCCGCCGCCGUACGGUAUCGCGCGCGAACGGUCCGCGUAACGUUAUUCGCGCACGUUAUUCGACCGGGUGACGAUUAUUAUCAUCGUUAUUAUUACUACGUCGUCGCGAUCGGCGACCGUUACGCGCCAACGGGAACGGAUCGCGCACCCGUGCACCACGAAAUCCGUCGAUCGUCGCGCGCACGCACCACCUGCCACCCCGAGAGCCCCGGAGCGCGGCGGCAGCAGCACCACCAGCAGCGGCCGUCCGUCAUGUUCAGAUACGAUCAGGACAGAGAUCGGUUCGUGCCCGACCGGCACCAGGACGCGUACUCGUUUUCUUCCGUACACGACAGCAACGCGCUGAACCACCAGUGCGUGUACUGCAACGGAUCCGUGACCACCUUCAUGGAGCCGUUUCAAUGCAAACGACAACAGGAGCAACGAUGCCGAGUUUUUCGACAACUGCAAUCGUACCUGUCGUUGGAAUUCGGCGGUUAUAUGCUGCCACGUAUGCCGGACGAAACGAUAGAGCUUAGGAUCGGCGCUGAAGUGGAUAGUGAUUUAGGGUGGCCUAUACGAAUGAUUCGCCAAAGACUAUUCGCCAGGAAGUCCAAUCACAACACUAAGAGCCUUGUCGCCGAUCUUCUACUAGACAUGCCCGAUUUAUCGAACGACUGGGUGACCAAGAUACUGGACUGGAGCUCGACGGGCUACGUGACGGCGGCCAUAGAGUCAUCGGUGCACUUGUGGUCGGAGCGCAGCCAGUGCAUACGGUACACGUUGCACGCGGAGACGCCGGACAAGUCGGCGGCGGCGGCCGGGAAGACGGCGGUAUGCUGCGUGAAGUGGGACGUGCAGGGCGAGCAGCUGGCGUAUUCGUAUACGGUUUGCCGCGGUACCGGCCAGUUCGACGACCCGAGUUCGCCGACCGCCGGGUGGUACUUCCGCGACCCGGACGGGCUGUUCGGUCACGCUUUGGACGUGUCGCCGCCAGCGCGUAAUGCAGAUCGGGACGAGUCGGACGAGUCGGACGAAUCGUUGACCAGACACGACGACCACGACCGCGACCGCGAUUACGACCACGACGGUGACUAUGCCGCCACCGCCGCCGCGACGAAGAAGACUAAUCACGUAAAGGUUUGGCUAUUGAAGGAACAAGUUAAUGGAUUCGAUCAUGAUCAAAAACCAUCUAGCUGUGGUUGUAUCACCAAUGGGAUUCUAGACAAUCAUUGCCAGUCAUGCUGUAGCGUGGUUAUCAUGGACUGGUUCGCUAAUGGUCAAAUUUUAGUGACGGGAUGCACCAAUGGAACGGUCACGUUUUUUAGAUACGACGUUCUCCAAAAACAGUUGAUCACUGUGCACGUCAUUCAUCUGGGCAAUGCCGACGAACAGCGGUUGAUCAGCUGCUUACAACUGUCGCAGGACAAAGCCAGCCGGCAUCUGGCUGUAGCCACGUUUUCGGAUCGAGAAAGCGUUCUGCAGAUAUGGCGUUUCAUGGAUCCGCCCGAGUUGGAUCGCGACGACCGACGCAGAAAUAAUGAUAGCGUGCAAGAAGUAACGGUCGACCGGAUCGUAGUCUUGGUAGACCAGUACAAAAGUAAACGUGGAGGCCGUUCGAUGUGGACGAUAAAAGCACUCGCUUGGCACCCGUGGAAAUAUUCUCUAGUGUGCUACGCCGUCGUGUCUGUCGUCCAACCGUUCCUGUCGCUGGACGGCACCAAGACGCACCCGUCGUGGUUUGUUUUGGCGAACGCGUGCAAAGGACAAGUGCUGAAACGUGUGGCGCAGAACACGUGUGAUUUCUGCCCGUUGGUAAGGACAUUGGCCGUUAACACGCAUUCCAUGACGUUUAGCCGCUUGACCGGCGAGCUCUUGGUGUCGUUCACAACGGUGUACAGAGUUCAAAAAAAUUCUGAUUUCAAUCACAGCGUUGUAGAAAAACACAGCGUUGUGGUGAUGCACGCUCUGAAUCGAAUCGUUGAAACCAUGAGUAGCAGUUCAACAGACGUGGGAACUUUUUUCGCGUGGAAUCCAGACGGAUCGCGAAUAGCUCUGUCGAGUUCGGAUGAAUCGUUGAAAAUAUGGAACUUUUGGCCAACCAGCGCCGUGCAAAAAAAGUCCUAUUGUCCACCGCAUCAUUACUACACCAAUGAUACUUCUCCUAACACUGCAGCUCGUCUCGCACGCGAUAAUGACUUGAACAGCAGCCCGAGAGGAUGUCAAUUUAAUUUUCAACAGGGCAAUCACUCAUUAGUGUCCGAGCUAUCGUUGGACGCGUCUCGUAUCAUUAAGUAAACAUCGCGUUUUAGAUAUAGUUACGUUUUAUAUUUUGAUCCCGAGAAAAGUUUUCUCAGUUGUUCAGGACUCUCAUGCAAUCUAGAAAUGAUGAAUUCAAUACCGAUAACUAUUUCUUGGUCGAACAUGUAUGCCGGAUUUUUGAUCAACGUCUACCUUAUAUUUUUCUAUUAUGUAUCGGUUUUCAUUUUUAUUGUUUAUUUUUUGUAAUUAUAAUACGUAUUGUACCAUU